AGAUUAUAAUUAUAUUACUGGGCCGAGAGCCCUGGUGCCCCUUCUUCUUCCCCAAGUAAACCCUCUCUGUCUUCUGAUCCUUUUUUCUGCUCUUUGUUGUCGCAACAAAGCACGGUACCAAACAGAUGGCCCGCUAUGACCGCGCGAUCACCGUCUUCUCCCCCGAUGGCCACCUCUUCCAGGUGGAGUACGCCCUCGAGGCCGUCCGCAAGGGCAACGCUGCCGUCGGCGUUCGCGGCACCGACACCAUCGUCCUCGGCGUCGAGAAGAAGUCCACCCCCAAGCUCCAGGACUCCCGAUCGGUGCGCAAGAUCGUGAGCCUGGACACGCACAUCGCGUUGGCGUGCGCGGGCCUCAAGGCCGACGCCCGCGUCCUCAUCAACCGCGCCCGCAUCGAGUGCCAGAGCCACCGCCUAACCGUGGAGGACCCGGUCACGGUCGAGUACAUCACCCGCUACAUCGCCGGCCUGCAGCAGAAGUACACCCAGAGCGGCGGUGUCCGGCCCUUCGGCCUCUCCACGCUCAUCGUCGGCUUCGACCCCUAUAGCGGUGUGCCCGCGCUCUACCAGACCGACCCUUCGGGGACCUUCUCAGCCUGGAAGGCCAACGCCACCGGGAGGAACUCCAACUCGAUGCGGGAGUUUCUGGAGAAGAAUUACAAGGAGACUUCCGGGCAGGAGACAGUGAAAUUAGCCAUCAGAGCACUGCUUGAAGUUGUUGAGAGUGGAGGAAAGAACAUAGAAAUUGCUGUGAUGACCAAGGAACAUGGUCUUCGUCAACUCGAAGAAGCUGAGAUCGAUGCUAUCGUUGCUGAAAUAGAGGCAGAGAAAGCUGCAGCUGAGGCUGCCAAGAAGGCCCCUUCUAGAGAUACUUAACUUUGGAAGUGCUUAACUUUUCCUUUUCAAUUAAUUGCUUUUCCUAUUUUCCAAAGACUUUCAAACUUGUGGGCUUUAUGCUGUAUGUUACCGAUGGAAUUCUCCUUUCAUUUUACAUGGAAUUCUCUUUUGUUUGUUGGUUGAAAUUGUUAAUGUCAUGAUGUCAGAUUUUAAUUA